AUGGAUAAUCGUUGUUGCUGUUGCUGCAAAAUGAGGGCGCUGUGUUUGAACUUUGCUAUCACCUGUCUGUGGCUUCUCCCUUCAGCGGUCCAAGAGACAGCCAAACCCUUUGACAUUCAGAUCCCACAAUGGCGAGAGGAGGAAGGAGGAAGAGGAGACACUGUGGGGGCUGCGUUGAAGGUUAAACACAUCUCCAAGCAUUUACAGAUCAUCUCCACCAAACAAAAAACACCUGCUUAUGGCUCGCUUGGCCCUUAUGGUUGGCCUCAGAACUUCUCCCAAGCCAUGGAUCAGUAUCUGUACCGCCCUCUUCCGAAAUCCAAACCUCUUGCAAAAACGUCCCCAAAGGCCAAGAAGAUCCUGGGCUGGGGCGAUUUUUACUUCAACGUGAAAACAGUGAAGUUCAGCCUGUUGGUGACGGGAAAAAUCGUCGACCACAUUAAUGGGACAUUCAGUGUCUACUUCCGACACAACUCGUCCCGUCUGGGGAACAUAUCCGUCAGCAUCGUCCCCCCUUCCAAAGCUGUCGGAUGGGAGGUUCUGGAUGCUCACAACAAAAACUCAGUCCUAGUUCCAGAUCUGACAGCACAUUUCCAGAGCCCCCCUCAGUCCACCAGCUCAACCCCUCCAGACCAACAGAAGCAGCAGCAGGACAUGAUGAUGGUGACUGAACUCAACUGCAGGAUCGAGUACCAGAGAACCAACCGGUCCAAGAAGACCAAGCCCUGCAUGUACGACCCGGGUCAGACCUGCUACUCAGAAAACACCCAAUCCCAGGCAGCCUGGAUUUGUGCCAAACCCUUUAAGGUUAUAUGCAUCUUCAUCGCCUUCACCGGCACUGACUACAGGCUGGUGCAGAAAGUCUGUCCGGACCACAACUUUCAGACAGAGCAGAACCAGCAGCGCUUUGGAUAA